CUUUUGCCUUUUGGGCUAAUAACAUGAUCCGUUUUGUAAAUGGGCGGUUUAUGAUUUGACUCAUCUUUGUCGUUGAGUUCUGCACUCAAAACUGUGAAACAAUGGCAGCAACAACAACUCUUCGUUUCUCUCUCCUCAGUAUCAAUCUUCAAAGGAGACUCUUAUCAUCUUCUUCAAUCAACACUAAUAAACACACUCAAAACAAAUUUUUGCAGAAAAAGUUCAAUCACCCAGUUCAUAAUGAGGAAAUUAUAAACCAAUUAUGCAGAAAUGGAAGAUUCAAGGAAGCCAUUGAUAUAUUAUGCGAGAAAAAGCUUCUUAAAGAAGCUAUUCAAUUGCUGGGUCACAUUCAUCGUCCUUCUGCUUCUAUUUACUCUUCUCUGUUACUUUCUUGUCUUCAACAAAGAGCCCUUCAAGAGGGAAGAAGGGUUCAUGGUCAUAUCAAAGCUUCGGAUUUUAUUCCUGGAAUUUUUAUAUCGAAUCGUUUGAUGGAUAUGUAUGUAAAAUGUGGGAGUUUUAGGGAUGCCCAGAAGGUGUUUGAUGAAAUGUCUGAGAGAGACUUGUGUUCUUGGAAUACUAUGAUUAAAGGGUAUGCCAAAAUAGGGAAGGUAGAAAACGCACGUAAGUUGUUCGAUGAAAUGCCGAACAGAGAUGGGUUUUCUUGGACUGCUAUGAUAUCGUGUUAUGUUCAACAUGGGAGGCCAAAGGAGGCAUUGAAUUUGUAUAGGGAAAUGCAGAGUUUUGGGAAUUUGGAUUCUAACAAGUUUACAAUGUCAAGUGUGAUAGCUGCUUCUGCUGCUUUACCGAGUUUACUAUCUGGGAAAGAGAUUCAUGGGCGUAUAUUGAGAUUGGGUUUGGAAUCUGAUUCCGCGGUUUGGAGUGCACUGUCUGAUAUGUAUGCUAAAUGUGGCUGUGUUGAAGGAGCUAGGCGUAUAUUUGAUAAAACUGUGGACCGAGAUGUUGUUUCUUGGACAGCAAUGAUAGAUGGAUAUUUUGAGGAUGGGAAGUGGAAAGACGGGUUCACAUUGUUGGCAGAUAUGUUGAGGUCUCGAAUCAGACCAAAUGAGUUUACAUUUGCAGGGGUUUUAAAUGCGUGUGCAGAUCAAGCUUUGGAGAAUGUAGGGAAGCAGGUCCAUGGGAAUAUGAUCAGGAUUGGUGUUAAUCCAGAUUCAUUUGCUGCAAGUGCACUUGUUCAUAUGUAUUCCAAGUGUGGGAAUGUCAGGAGUGCAAGAAAGGCUUUUGAAGGACUGUCUACACCUGAUUUAGUAUCAUGGACUUCACUUAUUGUUGGAUUUGCACAGAAUGGUCAUACAGAGGAAUCUUUGGAGCUCUUUGAGUUGAUGCUCAGAUCAGAUACUCAGCCUGAUCAUGUCACUUUUGUUGGAGUUCUUUCUGCCUGUACUCAUGCAGGAUUAGUCGAGAAGGGGAUUGAAUAUUUCCACUCAAUCAAGGAUCGCCAUGGACUAACACCAAUUGUAGAACACUAUUCUUGCCUCAUUGAUCUACUGAGCCGAGCUGGCCGUUUCAAGGAAGCUGAAGAAUACAUUAAUAAAAUGCCUAUGAAGCCUGACAAAUUUUUGUGGGCUUCUCUUCUUGGUGGCUGUAGAAUUCAUAAAAAUGUGGAACUAGCAGAACAAGCAGCAAAAGCGUUGUUUGAGAUGGAACCUGAAAAUGCUGCAACAUAUGCAACUUUGGCCAACAUAUAUGCCACUGCAGGUCGAUGGGAGGAAGUGGAAAAAGUCAGAAAAAUGAUGGAUAAUAGAGGGGUGGUCAAGAAGCCAGGCUUGAGUUGGGUUGAGGUCCAGAGACAGGUCCACAGGUUUCUUGUGGGUGAUAUUUCUCAUCCCAAUUACAAUCAAAUCCAUGCAUUCUUGACAGAGAUCUCAAAAAAGAUGAAGCAAGAAGGCUAUGUGCCAGACACUGACUUUGUACUGCAUGAUGUAGAAGAAGAACAAAAGGAGCAGAAUUUGUCCUACCACAGUGAGAAGCUUGCAGUUGCUUUCGGAAUCAUCUCUACUCCACCUGGGACACCAAUCAAGGUGUAUAAGAAUUUAAGAACCUGUGUAGACUGUCAUACUGCAAUCAAAUUUAUUUCUAGGAUUACCAAAAGAAAAAUCAUUGUGAGGGAUUCAAACAGGUUCCACUUUUUUGAGGACGGAAGCUGCUCUUGUAGUGACUAUUGGUGAAGUAUAUGUUAAGUGAAUACUUGGAUUUUGCUCAUCCCAGGCCAAGUCCUGAUUCAUUAGUCUGGGUUAUCUACGCUUCAGUUGAGGUUUAAGAAUUGUCAGCUGCAAAUUCUUCCUGUAGUGUGCCUCUUGUCAGAGAAUGAUAGCUACCCUUGGUGUAUCUUACCAGUGCCAAUCACUAGAAAUGGACAAAAAAAAUCUGGUCUUUUAAUGACCUUAUUAUAUACAAUAUGAUCUGUGCAAAAAUGUCAUCUAUACCAUCCUGGAGCAGAUGCAUUCUGGAAUCCUCAUGAUCAUCAGUAGUGUAUUAUCAGCUCUCAGAGCGUGUAUUAACUUUGGUACUUCCAGAAACUUGCACUGACAGUGUCUCAGUCAGUCUGUCACAGAAGGAAAUCGCAAUGAUAGAAGUUGCUGCGGCAGUUACCAAAGGCGGCGAUAUCUGCAGUACCCUUAAUGCUAUAUAUAUUGACCCCGGGACAGAUUGUGGUAGUAAUGGUAAAUGUUCUGUAAUCAGUCCUACAGAAGGUUUUACUUGCAUCUUGGAUGCCAUUGAUGGUAUCCGUCAAGGGAAGGUUGUUUCUUUGUUUUUUUAGUCUUUCUCUCUCUCUUUUUAUUAUUUAUGCUAAUUUGGGAGGUUUGAGAGGUGUAGAGGGUUAUCUGCAAUUCACCUUGUAUUAUUUUCACUUUCUACCUUUCUCAAUUGUUUAUCUUAUGAGUGUGCUUAUGCAAUGCUUUCUGUAGCCAUCGUAUCCCAUAUUAGCUCCAGUGUCUGCAGCAAAUGUAUUGUUAAAGGUGGAAAACUGAAUUCGAAAUAAAGUUCAAACUUUAACUGGAAAUACAAAAUGGGCAAUAUCCUCUACAUGUUUAUGGGAGUAAAAUUAGUAAUUAAUAUUAAAUAGUCCCUCCUUGAAUAUUUAUCUUUUUCUGUUUCAAGGUAUAAUUAGGGCAACUUAGACAAUCAUUCUCUUCAUCUCAUCUGUUCUUUGCAGAUGGUGAUCAUUUUAGGUAAAGAAAAGAGAGAAAAUAAAGGGUUUCUAAUGGUGGCAGCUUCACAUAUAUCACCUGAAGUUACAGACUAUUUUAUGAGGCGAGGAUCUGGGAUAAUCUAUGUGACAACAAAAGAGGGAGACUUAGAGAGACAGCAGGACCCCUGUAUGAAUGUGGAACGGGCCACUACUGCUUGCAUUAAUGACUUGGCAACCACCUGGCUUUAGCAUCAACGGAGUCCAAAAUUGAGGACUUCUGCUGCUCAGGUCCUGUUUCCUUAGUCCUUACUAAAGUAUAGAGAGGGAGGGGUUCUGGAAAGAGCUGGGCACGGAGAAGCUGCUGUAGAUCUUGCUGUGCUUGCUGGGCUAGAACCAGUUGGGGUUUUGUGCGAGCUUUCUUGUGAAGAUGACUCAACAGAGAGACUUACCAAGCUUCAUGAAUUUGCUAACAAGGAGAAACUGAAAAUCAUAUCUAUCACUGAUCUCAUAUGGCACAGAAGGGUAAAUAAUAUAUUGAUUAAUCAUACUGCAAGUGCAAGUAUUCCUACUACACGGGGCACAUUUACAGCUCACUGUUACCUGUCAAUCAUGGAUGGCAUUGAGCAUAUUGCAAUGGUCAAGGGUGCAAUAGAAGAUGGCCAAGAUGUCCUUGUGAGGGUACAUUCUGAAUGUGUAACAGGGGACAUAUUUGGCUCAGCCAGAUGCGACUGUGGGGAUCAACUUGCACUUGCAAUGCAGCUAAUUGAGGAAGCUGGCAGAGGUGUAUUGGUUUACAAUCGUGGGCAUGAAGGAAGGGGCAUUGGUUUGGGAAACAAACUUCGUGCUUAUACUUUUGCAGGACGCUGGACUGGACACUGUUGAUGCUAAUAUAGAGCUUGGUUUACCUGUGGACUCACGCGAGUAUCACAUUAGUGCAUAGAUACUGAGGCAUCUUGGAGUUCGAUCAUUGAGGCUAUUGACAAACAAUCCUGUGAAAUGUGUUGAGCUCCGUAACUAUGGUCUUGCUGUUAUUAAGAGAAUACCAGUUGUCACUACUGUCACAAAGGAGAAUGAGAGAUAUCUGGAAACAAAACGUGCUAAGAUGAACCAUGUGUUUGGCCUUGGAUCUGAUAUAUGUACGUGUAACAUUAUCAAAUGGUAGUUAGCUGCCUGCUGAGCACUGGAAUGCACUGGCUACUUUUCAUUAUCAGUGAUGAAGCGGCUUGUUUUCAUGAUAGUGGACCAGUAUUAUCAAUUAAAGAAAUCCAGGAUUUUGUUUAAUUUAUGCAAGCUAAAUUCUGCGCUCUGUACGUGCUUCAUGCAUAUAUUUACUCUUCUUUGGCUUCUGUAAUUAGAUAUGGCAGAUUGCGCAAAUUCUGGUUUGGUUUCAGCUCGAUUUCGGGUUUUGAGUAUAUGCUCAAAUUUGGUUUUUGUAAAAUUACAGUACAGUUUCUAAUUAUGAUUGAUGGAUUAAAUUGGGUUAUUUGAGUUCAA